AUGUCCAGCUUCGUGUUGGAGAAGAUGUGUGGCUUGAUCCAGAGCGGGGUGCGUACUGACAAAGGCUUCAAGGAAGUCCAUCUGAAUUCCGUGGCUAAGGGCCUAGCUGAGCACUGUGGUGUCUCCGUCUGCUCCACUCAGGUGUACAACCACCUGAGGAAGUGGAGGCAGAGGUGGCUCACCAUUAGCAGGCUCCACGAUCUAAGCGGUGCUCAGUGGUGCGAGGACACCAAAUCCAUCGUCCUUGAGGGUGAGCACUACCGCGGGCACGUCACAGAUCACCCAAAGGACGCGGAGUUCCUCAAUGUGCCCAUCGCCAACUACGACGAGAUGCACACCAUCUUCUCGUUCGGCCUCGUCACCGGCAAGUACACCAUGGGAUCCAGUGAGCCCAUGGGCUCUACUGCCCCUGCACCCGAGGAUGCUGACACCCAGGAUUCCGACACGGUGAACCUCGAUGCUGACAAGCCCGCCGACGCGCCUGAGAAGCCGACCGCCGGCAAGAGGAAGAGAGGUGCCUUUGCGGACGACGAGCUGGUCGCCUUCACCAACAUGAUUGUUGCUGCACAGCAAGAGUACCUCACCUACCUGCAAGAGGAUCUCCUGGAAGACCAGGCCAUCGAUGAUGCAGUGCCAUUAGCAUAUCUGCCGCCGGAGGAAGUCCAUGCUCUACAAGGAGCACCACCGGAGGUACGUCACAGCCAGGUCAAAGACUACAUCAUCGCCUUCCUAAUCGUGGUGAUCAUGAGGAUCAUGUUCUUCUAA